AUGCACGAUACGGAGUUAUUUGAAGUCGGUAUGCCCUCUGUCAAAGAUGAGGCAGAUUUCAUUAAAAACGUUUGCCAACGGUUCGGAGUAACGCCAACCGAUAUUCAUGACAAACUAACUGCUGAUUGCGUGUCUGGGAGAUUUGACUCUCCUCUUUGUCAGGGGGUCAAAUCCUUGUUCCGCUUUGAUUGUCUCUGUGGAUCUUAUGUUUCACCAGCCCAUCAUCCCAACCACUAUUUGUUCACGAAGCUGUUCGCGCAUCUCAUUGCCGGGCCGAAGGGGAUCGAAGAAUUGACAUUGAAGAACUUUGAUUACUCGGAUCGUUGCAGUUUGGUGUGGAUAGGAGAUUACUUCGCCUACCGAUGUCGGACGUGCGGACUUACACCAAGCAUGUCCCUCUGUGGAGCAUGUUUUACUGCUGGCAACCAUGAAAAUCAUGAUUUUAAUAAGUUUAAAAGCAUGUGUGGUGGUGCGUGUGACUGUGGUGAUCCGUCCGUAAUUCGGCCAUCUGGUGAUACUGUACUCUACGCUCUAGAUGAUGAAGAUGGUGAUAUCGCGCAAGACUUGGUACACACGACUCUGCUCGAAUCUUUCCUAUUCAUGAUUGUUAAGCUUCGUUUUCCUGAGAGCUUGAGUACUCUGCUCAUUGGUCUACUUCCGAUCAAUGAUUUUAAGGUCAGUAUAAAUCUGCCCAUCUUUUUAGUUCUAAUGCACCAUGUGUAUCCCCAAAUUUGUGCAUUUCAGAGGCGGUUUAUCGAUGCAUAUGUCGACCACUACUCGAGGAUUUCCUCCACGCUAAUGAUAACGUCGCGUGUACGAAAUAUAUCGCCUGAGGCUGCUAUGCAACUCAAUAACCGAAUCGUACAUAUUUCAGUCCAACUAUUUAGUGGUGUUGAUCAUGCAUACCGAAUGGUGAAGGAGAAGUCUCUUCACUAUCUCAUCGUCAAGUGGAUGCGGAACAUGUUCGCAUUGAGUCGCACGGUAAACUGGUUUGCUACGGUGUCUAGUGUACUAUUACUUAUGCGUAUAUGUUUGCGGUAG